AUGGACAGCGCCAUCGAAGUAAUGAGCAGGGAGUACGAGGAGCUUGUGGCGGCGGCUGUGGAGGUGGUUGAGAAGUCCGGUGGUCAGCCUGGUAGAGCACUUGAGGAAUUGAAGCAGAGAUGGCAGCUGUUCAUGGCCGCAUGCGAUGAAGCAGAGGAAGUGUUGGAGUUGGCAAGGAGGAGGAUCACGGCCGAGCAUGUGAUGGAUGUGGCCUCUGGGAUGGCACCGGAAGGAUCAGCAAUGCCACCAUUGCCGCCCAUCAGCAGUUAA